GAGGGCCGCCCCGUCCGAAACAGGGACCAUCGUGGAGCUUGGAUUCGCGCAAGAGCGGUACAGUGUGUUGUGAUAGCCUGUAACAGACUGUAUGUGCUUCCUUCGUUUACCCUAUGACGGCCAACGUUGGGACUUCCUGAUGGGCCUUUUGUGCCCAUUCGUGCCUGUUUUUGGUACCGCUUCGUGCCCUGCCACCUCUCCUGCCUCGCAGGUAGAUUGUGUAACAACCUGGUAUUGUUCUCUGUCGUCUUUUAUAUCGUUUAUGAUACUGAAGACAAACAAUUUGGCAUUGCAAUGCCAUUCAUCUAUGCUGAUACCUAUUAACUGACUAAACCAUAGGUUCGACUUGUUCAUCGAAUCUUGAUUUUUGUUUUUCGAUUUUCAGUUGAAAGACGAUCGCAUACGAGGAGGUCGUGUAUGUUGUUGAAACCGGG